AACUCACGAAUCUCUAUUUCUUAAUUGCUCUUAAUCUCAUCUAGACGACAUGGUUGUUAACCUCUACUUAUAAUUUUUCAUUUUAUUGUGACUAUGUUUAUGGAUUAAAACAAUAUUAAAACUUUUACUGUGAUAUUACAAAUGAUUUUAAAUUUGUGUUUUUAAAAUAUAAACUUUUUUUAUAUUUUUUUAACAAAGCAAAAAUUAUUUUUAUUAUAAAAAAUGGCUCCAACAAUCCAAACAAACGGGACGCCCACUGACCGAGAAAAACGUCCAACGAGGCCUGUAGAAAAAAGAUCGGAGUUGAUUUGCCGUGUCAAAUACUGCAACACAUUACCAGAUAUACCAUUCGAUUUGAAGUUCAUCAACUACCCCUUUGAAUCUACCAGAUUCAUUCAGUAUAACCCAACAUCACUUGAACGUAAUUACAAAUACGAAGUUUUGACGGAGCAUGAUUUAGGCGUAGAAAUCGACUUGAUAAAUCGCGAUACAUAUGCUGGGGAUCUAAAUGCACAGUUGGAUCCAGCAGAUGAAAAAUUACUCGAAGAAGAUGUUCUCACGCCUCAGGACUCGAAGCGAUCUCGACAUCAUGCCCGCAGUGUUUCGUGGUUACGAAGAACUGAGUACAUUUCUACUGAGCAGACGAGAUUUCAGCCUCAGACGAUGGACAAAGUUGAAGCUAAAGUCGGUUACAGCAUCAAGAAAAAUUUCAAAGAAGAAACAUUAUACAUGGACCGUGAUAGUCAAAUAAAAGCUAUCGAGAAAACAUUUCAAGACAACAAAAUUCCCAUUGAGAAGCAUUACAGUAAAGCUGGUGUCGUACCAGUUGAAGUAUUGCCUGUAUUCCCAGACUUCAAACUAUGGAAGUAUCCUUGUGCUCAGGUUAUAUUCGAUUCUGAUCCUGCGCCAUCAGGAAGACCGGUACCAGCACAAAUCGAAGAGAUGUCGCAAGCUAUGAUUCGUGGUGUCAUGGAUGAAAGUGGUGAACAGUUUGUUGCUUACUUCUUACCACUUGAAGAGACCAUGGAUAAACGUAGAAGAGAUUUUACUGCUGAAAUUGAGUAUGCUGAUGACGAAGAGUACGAAUAUAAGAUGGCCAGAGAAUACAAUUGGAAUGUCAAGAGUAAAGCGUCCAAGGGUUACGAAGAAAACUAUUUCUUAGUGAUGAGAAGCGAUGGGGUCUAUUACAAUGAGCUGGAGACGCGUGUAAGGCUGAGCAAACGUCGUCAAAAGGCUGGACAACCGCCAAAUAACACGCGUUUGAUCGUCAGACAUCGACCUCUUAAUGCUAGUGAGUUUAAGAUGCAGCGUUAUCGUGAGAAACAACUGGAACCUCCUAACGAAGAUGAAGAAGAGGAAGAAGAAGACGAAGAUGAAGAACAAGAGCAAGAAAAGACAGAAGAAAAGAAGAAUGAUGAAAAUGAAGGUAGCGAGAAUGAAGAAGGUUCACGUCCUUCAUCAAGAGCAUCAUCAGCAGCUUCAUCUCGCUCUAAAAGCCGCUCAAAAUCACGGUCUAAGUCUCGCUCAAAAUCACGCUCCCGAUCACGAUCAAAGUCUCCAUCACGAUCACGAUCUCAGUCAAGAUCGCAGUCUCGUUCGCGGUCUCCGUCUCGUUCUAAAUCUCGUUCCCGAUCAAAAUCAAAGUCAGCGAGUCCAGCAAAGUCUAAUAGGUCAGGUUCAGCGUCUCCCCAAUCGAGAAGUCCGUCGAAAUCACCAUCAAAAUCACGUUCUCCAUCAAAAUCACGAUCUCCAUCACCUGCAAAGUCACACUCGCGAUCAUCCUCAGCCUCACCUGCGCGAUCCAGAUCCCCAUCAAAAUCAAAGUCUCGAUCUCGUUCACGUUCAAGGUCCAGAUCUGCCAGCGGAAGUGCCAGUGGCAGCGGUAGUGCUAGCAGUGCCAGUGGUUCUGAAAGUGAUUAAUUCAUUCGAUUCAUUUUCUUUUUAUCUUGUCUUAACGAUUGUAGAUAUUUUAUUUUCAAUUUUAACUAAAAGUCACAAUUUUUGUUUGUAUCGCUUGGGAAUUGUAAAUUUAAUAUUUUUAAUCAAUUUUAUUCUGUUGUCUCGAUAUUACUUAUAAAGCGAUCUAUUUCUAGUACUAAUUUCUAAUGGAGUUAUGAUUGAUUUUAAUGUUUUUUUUUUUUACAUCUAGCAUGUUAUUUAAUACUUCAAAUAAUUGUAAAUAUGUGUUAGUUAUUAAUAA